AGUCCAGUGAACGAGGUUCAGUCGCGAAUCACAUGCCGAAAGCGUUAUUGACGAAAAAAAUCCUACUUUGCAAAGCAAGACACUUGCAGGUUAUGCACAGCAGUUUAUCUGUCAAACAUCUCACAAAAUGGAGAAAUAUAUGCAUUUAUGGAGGGGCGUCGAUAAAUUGUCGUACACGUUCGAUGACAAACCGAACGGCAUCAUUUGCAAACUGGUCACAAUUAAAAAUUACAUUUUUUUAACGACUACUACUAACAAUUUGUACCACGGUGAGGCGUCACUUUUGGAGGACAGUUUACCAAUGUUGGUCUUCAAAAGAGCUCCAUUCGAUGUAAUUGACAUAGCAUCCAGCUCGGAUUAUUUGUUUAUUGUAGAUAGCAAUGGUCAUGUAUUGAAAGUAAAUCCUCAGGAUAUGAGUAUAGUGGACACAAUAAUUCUAAGGGAAGAAAUUAAAUGUUGUAGUCAUGGAUGUAAACAGGAAAAUGAAAUUGUCAAGGUAAAAUCAAUAGCUGUUAGCGAUCAAGCGGCAUUGUUUGUAACAGAGAGUGGACAACUUUGGGCUAGUGGGAAUCAGUCGCAAAUUGACAUCAACAGUUCAGAGCCUAAGAAAGUGAAAUUUUUUGAAGGCAGGACCGUGUCUGCUAUAGCGUGCGGCUCGAAUUUUAAUGUAGUCGCUGCGAGAAAAAUAACAAAAACAUUAAAAGACGAUACUGACAGCGAAAACGAAUUGGAGGAAGAGGUGUUUGUUAACUCGUGCCCUCAGUGUCUCAAUUCUGUAUUGCUGAGUCCUACAAGCAUAACUUCCUCGGAUACUUGCCCCACUGGUCUACAUGGACAACAAUUUAGCGAUGGGCAUUCGACUAAUUCUAACAGUGCUUUAUCCCUCGUGAGUAAGGAGCAAGACGGUACUUCAGUUCCAGAAGGUAGUAAAAAAGAACAAGUUUCCGAUAUAAUAGAAAAUGGAGAACUGUCUUCUAAUAAUGCCGCAGAUUCUGAGAAGGAAGAAAAGAGGAAUGUUAUUUUUAUAAACACAGAAGCUGCGAGACAGUUCUUAACCAGACAGUUAUCUUGGGUCUCGUCUUACGGGAAUGUUAAGGAAGACAUACCUUUGGAGAAUGUCUCGAACGUAGCUAAUUUAGUAUACAAAGGAAUAAAGAACGUGGGUGGUAAAGUUGUUACAUUGUCCAGGCACAUGAGUGGAAGUUCGGAUAUGAACGAAUUCAAAGACGACAGUAACGAGAAUCUAGAAAUCCUAGGCGAAGAAUAUGCUAAACCUACGAGUUUAGCAUUGAGCCUGCGAUCUGAAGAUUUCCCUUUAUCGUCGAGUACCGGCUCGUCGGAGCAUGAAUUAUCUCAGCAAGGUUUAAAUGACAAAAUUAACGCAUUAAUUCGUGCCGGUAAUAAUAUCCUAUCUACUGAACUUUGGACGUGGGGCGACGUACAAUAUGGGCAAUUAGGAACAGGAGAUAUUAUUAAACGUCCGCGACCUGUAUUAGUGGCGAAACUUAGUAAUAUUGGGCUCAGAAAAAUUUCAUGCGGUGAAUUCCACAUGCUUGCUUUGACGUUAGAUGGAAGAGUUUUUGCCUGGGGGAGGAAUGAUCAUAAACAGGUGACGCUGGAGGACACUGGAUAUCAAAGUGCUCCUCAAUUAAUCACUACGAAAUUGUUUCAAAACGAGAGAGCCAAAGAUGUAGCAGCUGGCAGUUUGCAUAGUUUAAUUAUGAUGCAUCAUGGUUUAUACUUUAUUGGACAGACGAGUAAAACUGGUGAAAUGUUCCAUCUCGAUACUGAGACAGGUAACGAGCAUAGUCCUCAGCAAAUCUUUAGUUCUGGAGAAUACAGUUGUUGUUCUGUAAUAAACGAAGCUGAAAUCAACAUUUCUGAUGACUUGGUGUGCGAUCAAACUUUCCUGGAGGAGAUGUUGAUUAUUUAUCAAAAUUUAAUCAAGCCGUUGCAAAAGAAAGGAGGCGCUAUGCAAGCAUCGAACGUUUAUGAAACAUUGUGCAGAUGUUAUACGGAAUUAUUAAGUUUCAGUGCGUUGAAUAUUAUCAGUUUGUGGGACUACUUUAAUCAUAUUAGUCAAGCAUACGAAGUAACGUUCAUUGCUAACGUCGAAGAGUACAUCCAUGUCUACAAGAAUUACUUGAACGCAGUCUGCGAUGUAAUGUCAUUGAGUGGAUUCGUGUACAUUGCAAAGAUCAUUGAAGUGCCACAAGUAAUAACGAAUUUAUUUAUAGAUAAAUUAAAGAGUAACGAAAUUAAAAAAAGUGCUGACGAAAUUGUUAUUUCUAUGGCAUUGCAAUAUCCAUUACAUAAACUAAACAGGCAUAAAAAGAUGGCUUUAAAUUUAAUGAAAAAUAAUGGUACAAAGAUGGGUAUAGAACAAUUGCAAGAGGCUUUAAUUAGAUGGGAGCAGAUAUGUGAUGACCAAGAGAAGAAGCAGAAGGAAGCAGAGGCGACUAAAUUGUUUUGGGAAAAUUCCGGGAAACUGGGAGAAUCGCUAAAAUCGCCAGACAGGAGACUUAUUAGGGAAUCACGAACUCAUCCUCUAUCAGUACUUAAUUCUGGUAGAUUUUCUAGCCAUUGGUUUGUUUUGUUAACUGACGUAUUUAUUCACGUUACUGGCACUUCCCAUACAGUCCACCCGCUUCGAACUCUGUGGAUAAAACUCUUGCCAGAUUCUGAAACAGUACAAAACGCUAUAUCAGUGAUAACUCCGGAAGAUUCAUUUGUAUUAUACACUCCAACACCUUCGGAGCGCAAUGAGUGGCUUCAUGCUUUACAGAAUGCUAUAAAAUGUAGCUUAUCGAGAUUUAUAGGAAACAUACCUCCAAUAGUACGUUCUAGCUCAUACUUUUUCACAAAGCACAGUGUUUUCAAAGAUGCAAAGUAUACUGGACGAUGGUCAGAAGGUAAACCGCACGGUUCAGGGAGAUUGGAAUGGUCCGACGGUCGUAAAUACGUGGGACAGUUUCACAAGGGUGUUGUUCAUGGCGCCGGUAAAAUGGAAAAUCCUUGUCAAGGUGUAUAUGAAGGGCAGUGGAAGGACGGCCAACAAAAUGGAUACGGGACAAUGAAGUACAAUAACGGAGACUUCUAUGAGGGCUAUUUCAAAGACGGGUUGCCGCACGGGCAUGGAGUUAAAAAAGAGGGUCACUUUAUGGCCUCUGUAGCCUCCGUUUAUAUUGGAGAGUGGGCUGCAGGUGUCAAACAGGGAUACGGAAUUAUGGAUGACAUUAUGACGGGUGAAAAGUAUUUGGGAUCUUGGAACAACGGUAUGAAACACGGUUGUGGGUUAAUAGUGACUUUAGACGGGAUUUACUAUGAAGGUGUUUUUAUGCAGGAUGUUUUAACGGGUCAUGGAGUUAUGAUAUUUGAAGAUGGUACUCACUACGAGGGUGAAUUUAAAUCUGCUGGUAUCUUUUAUGGGAAGGGCACGUUAACAUUUACGAGUGGCGAUCGAUUAGAAGGGAAUAUGAAUGGUGCUUGGAACGAAGGAGUGAAAGUAAUCGCAACAUUGCACAUGAACAAAACUAGCGGAAAUGUACAAGCUAACACAAAGCCAACGUCUUUUGGCAAGUUAUGCGUGUCACCAGAUCAAAAAUGGAAAGCUAUAUUUAGGCACUGCUAUCAACAACUGGGUGUACCUGAACCAGGCUCAAAAACUACUAGCAUGACUGACAAAUCUGCGGAAACGCAACGCGUUUGGCAAAACAUUGCUAGCAUAAUAACUAAGUCCCAUCAAAGAGCUUUGCAACGAAGAAAACUUUCAUCGACUACUUCUAAUAAGGAAAAAACUAACGAAGUGACUGAUCAAUUAGAUAAAAUCCUCUCUUUUGGUAACAAGCUCUCCGUUCAAAAUUAUAGCGAAAUUCAUAAAUAUUUAGUUAAUGCGUUCGAUAGCCCGCACCAUCCGUUAGGAUCUCUCUUAACAGAAGUGGCUGCUGUCUAUACAGCUACUUAUGGUGGCGUAAGGGUUCACCCUUUGUUACUCAGUCACGCUGUAUCUGAGCUUCAUAGCAUUACGUCUAGAAUAUACGAAAUAGUUAUCUUAUUGUUCCCAAUAUUGCCACGAGGAGGGAAAGAAUAUGUGUUGGAAGCUGAAAACGAAGAGGAAGAGGUUCAAGUUAUAAGCGCUGCAGCAAUACUUCAUCCAAUAUUAUUGCCUCGGGUGCAUUCAGCGCUUUUUGUAUUAUACGCUUUGCAUAAUAAAAAAGAGGAUGAUGCCUAUUGGGAACGAUUGAUGAAAUGGAACAAACAACCUGAUGUAACGCUAAUGGCUUUCUUGGACAUCGAUCAGAAAUUUUGGAAGAAUGCAAACGUAUUAAGUUUAAGUGAAAAUGGAAUACAGAGCGAACCUCAUUUUAGCGAGGCAAUAGAAACGUUACAACAAUUGAAGACUACCUUCUCGCCGUUAGAAAAAUUAUUAGUCGUUAGAAACACGUUCGAGCAAAUGACGCAAGCAGUUCAAAAGCAGUUGGGUACCACGUAUCUGUGGACAAUGGACGAAUUGUUUCCUGUUUUCUGUUUCGUUGUCGUACGCGCCAGUGUGUUGCAACUAGGUAGCGAAAUACAUUUUAUAGAAGAUUUCAUGGAACCGUACUUGCAAAAUGGAGAGCUCGGAAUUAUGUUCACCACACUUAAGGCCUGUUACUAUCAAAUAUUGCAAGAAAAAAUUAACGUCGGUGACUGAAUACUAAAAAGGCCAUAGCUUUCAUAAAUAUAUGGGACGAUCCACUAAUAUGUUAUAAUAGAUUGUUGACAGAACUAAUUAAUUAAACGGUAUGCACAAAGACAGUACCUCAACGGCAUUUAAUAUGCAGUGAUGUAAUUGCAUGAAACGUUAGACAUUGUUAUAUGAAUCGUGACUGUUAAAAGUGAUCAAGUGUAUUGAUUAUAUUUAAUACAUGUUAAAAUUAUAAUGUUAUAUAUAACAUAUUAAUAUAUCACGUCUUAAUGUAAUUAAUGAAAAUUACAUAUAUACAUAUAUAUUGUAUACAUAUCAAAUUCUAUAAAAUAUCAGUGUACAGUGUAUAUAGAUUAACGUGAAUACGAAUUUGUCUCCGUGUAAUAUGAAAGAAAAUUUAACAUCAACAUUUUAUUGAUAUAUUGCUCUUGCACUUUCAAAUUUUAGACUUCCAAAUAUCAAUUGUUUGUGUUCAAUUUUAACGAGUAUUUAUUUGCUAUUGUUGUAAAAUUACGAGUUGGAAGAACAAAAUAAAAUGAUUUUUCGCAUUUGUACAUACAUCAUAAUAUAAUAUUUUAUCUGUUCUUUGUACCAUCUAACUGCCAAAGUAUUACAUAAUUAAUAUAUUGUACUGUAACAGUAUUUAUUUAUUCUGUUCAAUUAUUGCAUUGUAUGUUGUUUGCAUAAUCCUAGAUAUUUAAGCUUGAUUUUGUAAGAUAUUCUUAUCAAACCUUGCUGCGGGUGCUGACGAAAAAACAUAAAAACGGAAGUGAACAUGAAAUGGAAUAAUAACAAUUAAUUGUAUGUUGAAUGAUGUAUUCUUUAAUGUGUAUUGAUGAAUAAGAGAUUCUUCUUCAAUAAAACAAGUGAACAAAUUA